GCGGUCGUCAAAAUGGCUGGUCUUGUAGCGGACUACGAUUCGGACGACACUUCGGACUCAGAAACCACAAAUAAAGAACGAUUUGAGGAGACUACGAGGUGUGUGAAUGUGAGACGAAGAAAAGAAAACCGUAAAAGAACGAAUUACCUUGAAGGAGGGUCUUCAUCAUCUUCGGAUUCUGAGGACAAUGAUGUCCCAUCGCCAGAUCAAACCAAUUCUACAACAGAACUUAGACAGAAACUCCCGUCUCCAAACCUGUUGAACGUACAGAACAGGAAUCCAGUAGGAGGGACGGUAAAACUGCCCAACCCUCUACUCGGUGUUCCAACCACGAGGACAAAUGAUCGGAUAACGCCAGCAGAGCAGACUGCCUCCAUUUUCCACAACCCAUUCCGUCUAGCGGAACGAGAGAAGGAGAAGGUUCUGGAAAAGCAUGUGAAAUUGACGUCGAAUGAGAAACCUUCGCACAUCGCGGGGAAGAAAGUCUGCUGGAACUAUCGCAAGGGGAGGUGUCGCUUCGGACACAACUGCAAGUACGCACACGACAGCGAUCUCCCCUUCUCACAACAACAGCAACACCCUGAAGCUCCCACAGGUGCUGUAUCUUCACCUGCUGGGUUCUUUGAACAGCCUGAAGUGCUGAAUGAUGACGAAGACCCGGAUAACCCAGUACAACAGAGGAGAAAGAGGCCAGGGCUGAGCCAGACUCUUCAGCCACCGAAAAAAAGCAUCAAGGCCUACCAGAAACAGCAGGCAGUGGAGAGGCCUUGGAUGGCCCAGAAGUGAAGCCAAGAAAGUUACGAAGAUUGAAACAGCAAAUAAUAUAGCCUGGAUGCAAGGCUGUUGGCAGGACCCACACAGGCCAGCUCCUCGGCUAUUGGGCCAACAUACCCCCACGGUGACAUGCCCACAAGGUAGCCUCCU